AUGUGGCUGUUAAUUUCAGUCAUUCUGCCACUGCUGAUAGCAUCGUCGAGUUCCGUGGCAGCUAAAAUCCACGAGAAGAGUUGUGUAAUUAAAAGUGGCGGAACUAAUGUGACCAACGAUGUCCCAGCAAUUCUCGAGGCAUUCAAAAAGUGCGGGAAAAAUGGAAGAAUCGUCUUCGAACCCACGACGUACUACGUCAACUCGGUUAUGAAUAUCUCCUGGCUCGACAAUGUUGACAUCGACAUCCACGGAACACUUUUGUGGAGCACUGACAUCCCUUACUGGCUGAACAACUCCAUAGAUGUCGGAUAUCAGAACCAGUCAACAGCUUUAAUAAUUGGUGGUAAUAAUGUCCGCAUUCAUGGUUAUGAAAGAGGCACGUUUGACGGCAGUGGUGACUACUGGUAUCAAUGGAUCAGAGAGCAACCCAACACAUCCAACUACCCGGGUCGGCCACACGCUGUGACAUUCGACAACCUUACAAACUCUGUCAUUCGUGGCCUCACCUUUCUGAGAAGCCAGAUGUGGACCAUGUCAAUAAUUAACUCUCACAAUGUGUUGCUUGACAGUAUUCUUGUGAAUAACACAGGAAACUGGGCACAAAGCUCCAACACUGACGGGGCCGAUACCAUCCGGUCUUCUCAUAUCACAUUCAAUAACUGGACCGUCUACAACGGCGAUGAUAGCCUUUCCAUGAAGGCCAACAGCACCGAUAUAACCAUCACAAAUAGCAAGUUCCACAAUGGUCUAGGAAUUGCGAUGGGGAGUAUUGGGCAGUAUAAGGAUCAAUUCGAGACGAUCGAGCGAAUCACGGUCAAGAACGUCGAGUUUGACAACACAUUACAUGCCUUCUACAUAAAGACUUGGACUGCCGACCAGAAUGGCUACCCACCAAACGGAGGCGGCGGUGGACUCGGGUUUGCAUCUGGGAUGAAACUCGAGAACCUGACAACAACAGGGCUUCGUGGAGCCGCAUUCGCGAUAUCGCAGUGCACGCGGUUCUCUGGUGCACCGGGCAAGGGUAACUGCACGAACUCGGAAUUUCAGAUCAGAAAUGUGGAGAUCGACGGGCUUACCGGCACCAGCAAGUCAGCAAGGUUGGCAAGCCUACAGUGCAGUGCGGUUGCGCCAUGUACCAACAUCACCAUCGUUGACAGCAUCCUGCAUCUUGACAAUGGCACCGUCGCGGGUGAGUAUUUGUGUGGGAACGUUGCAAAUCCGACAGGAUUCAACUGCACCGGUGUGCCUUGUGUGGGUGGGAGCGCCACUGGGGAGUGCUAA